UGUCCCCACGCUCUGGUGACACCGCUGUCCCCUCCCUGUCCCCUCCCUGUCCCCCGUCAGGCGUACGUGGUGCUGGGGCAGUUCCUGGUGCUGCGCAAGGACGAGGAGCUGUUCCGGGAGUGGCUCAAGGAGACGUGCGGGGCCAACGCCAAACAGAGCCGCGACUGCUCGGGCUGCCUGCGCGAGUGGUGCGACGCCUUCCUCUGAGCCCCCUCCCCAAAAUCGGCCCCCCCGCGCCC